GGUAACAUUCCUUCCCUCCUUCGGUGAGAAUAUAAAACCCGGUGCCGAUUUACCACUAUCCUACGAACAAAAUGGGAUGGGUUACUUGGCGCCAGCCUCGCUUGAUUUAUUACAUGUAAUACAUGCAACGCCUUCCACUAUCGUCUGUAAGUAAAUCAUAUUGCGAAACUUUUUGUCGGUUUCUUAGAGAUAUCAUACCACAAGAACUUCAUGAUAUGAGUAUACACCAAAAUGUCAGCCACACCUAGCGAUCAUUUUCCGCUAUCUAGAAAACAUCUCUGGGGCCCAGAACGAAGACGUCUUUCUGCUCAUCUCAUUCAAAAGGCCUUCGAUGCACUACCAGGCUCUCGUUCUUCAGAAACCAUAGCAAGCAAACCAUACAAGACGGUCAAGAGGCCUUAUGAGCAACAUAGGUAUACGGGAAAGGCGAGUAAGUCUUACGUGGCUCCGGCGCCUGUUAGCGAAAGAACGAAGAGAAAGGAGAGGCCACUGACACCAAGUGAGGGUUAUGGAUUGGGGGUUUUUGGAAUGGGAUUUGAGGUUGGUGGGAAUGAGGUGGGACAUAUGGAGAGGAAAUACUUUGGUCAAGGGGGAAGUACAUUUUUUGGGAUGUUGCCGUGGGAGGUGAGGAUGGAGAUUUAUAAGUGGGCACUUGGAGGGAGGGUACUACAUAUUAUAAGAAGGACGAAUAAGUUGGGUCAUGUUGUUUGUAAAUGUGAUAGAAGAGACUCGGAUGUGGGAACGAAGGAGGAGGAUGCGUGUAUUGUUGCGGGAUGUAGGAGCGUGAAGAUUCCUGGCGGGAGUGGGGUGCAUGAGAUUUUCGGGGAAGGGAGUAGAGGUUUGAUUCAGUUGCUACAGGUUUGUAGACGAAUUUACUCUGAGGCAAUCUCUCUUCUCUACUCAGCCAACACCUUCAAUUUCGACAGCAUGGAAGCGUUCAUCUCUUUCAGUAACGAGAUUCUUCCUCAUCGCUUUGAUUCGAUCACUUCCGUAACCCUCGAUUUCUCCUUUGAUACAUCAUCCUGUACCAGCAUCCCUGACCCUUUUCCUCCCCACUUCAUCGUCGUCCCAAACUCCCUCCUCCUCCUUAUACCCUUCCAUUUAUUCAUUCCCAACAGCUCGCUGACCGUCUCACCCAUGCAGUAUACAACGAAUCCUCCAGCAACGACGUGCCCCGCUGGGAACGUACAUGGAUGAUAAUCGGGUCCAUGAAAUCGCUUAAAAGUAUUAAAGCAACAAUAAUCUGGCCUAGAAAAAUACCAGCUUGGAGUCACGAACUGAGGUUGUUGGAACCUUUGAAUAUGGUUGGGAUACUAGGUAGGGAUACCGAGGGCAGCAAGGGUGAGGGCAAAGGUGGCGAGCAUAGGUCUGACAACAAAGAUGGGUUUGAGGUGAGACUGAGGGAGUUGACGAAGGAGGCAAAGGGGAGAGGGAAGGCGAGGGCCUAUGAGGUGGGAAAGGGCUUUGCUAUUGGAAACGCGAAGAUCGUACCGGCAGCGGGGUUUGAUGAGAUCACCGAAGAGGAUUUGCCGUUUAAGGUUGUUAGGAUGAAGUUGUAAGAGCCGAAAAUUCAAUGUAGAAAGUAUAGCCUUGGAACAUCUACUGUGGGAUGAAGGCGGCACAGAAACAAAGAGAACGGAGCUGUAGACGGAUGGACUUCUUGCAGCUAUGAUUCUGGUUUGUAUAUUUUCAAAGAGCUUGACGACGGCCAUAACGGUUGAGACUAUAACCAACUUGGAGACUUGAGGUCGAGUCAAAAGUUAGAAGAUGUUCACCAUUUCUAGAUCUGGGUAUCUACUUGAAUAGUCGGGAUGAUAUAAAGUUCAGGGCAUCAAUAAGAACUAUGACGGGAGGCGCAGCAGUGGAGUUCAAUGAAUGCAAAUUCAUAAUCUUAUCAGAGACUUCUGUCUCCCAGAAUUCACUUAAACUUACCUCAAUCUUGAGCUUCAGCUGGCCAAUUCAAAAAUUCAGAUAGAGAGGACAGUGAAUUUCGAAAUGAUGCCAUGGUAACAGAAAUUUCAUGGCA